CCCGUCCCCGGCCCCGGCCCCCCCAGGCCCCGGGAGGGCCCGCACCUUCGCGGCCCUCCCCGAGCCGCCCGGUGCCCCCGCCCGUCCCCGCCCCCAGCCCCGGCUCCGGCCGCGGCCCGUCCGGGGCCAUGGCGAAGAAGAGCGCCGAGAACGGCAUCUACAGCGUGUCCGGCGACGAGAAGAAGGGCGCCCUGAUCGCGCCCGGGCCCGACGGGGCCCCGGCCAAGGGCGACGGCCCCGCGGGCCUGGGGGCGUCCGGCGGCCGCCUGGCCGUGCCGCCGCGCGAGACCUGGACGCGCCAGAUGGACUUCAUCAUGUCGUGCGUGGGCUUCGCCGUGGGCCUGGGCAACGUGUGGCGCUUCCCCUACCUGUGCUACAAGAACGGCGGAGGUGUCUUCCUUAUCCCCUACGUCCUGAUUGCCCUGAUUGGAGGGAUCCCCAUUUUCUUCCUGGAGAUCUCGCUGGGCCAGUUCAUGAAGGCUGGCAGCAUCAACGUCUGGAACAUCUGUCCUCUAUUCAAAGGCCUCGGCUACGCCUCCAUGGUCAUCGUCUUCUACUGCAACACCUACUACAUCAUGGUGCUGGCCUGGGGCUUCUACUACCUGGUGAAGUCCUUCACCACCACGCUGCCCUGGGCCACGUGUGGCCACGACUGGAACAGCCCCGACUGCGUGGAGAUCUUCCGCCAUGAAGACUGCGCCAACGCCAGCCUGGCCAACCUCACGUGUGACCAGCUGGCCGACCGCCGGUCCCCUGUCAUCGAGUUCUGGGAGAACAAAGUCCUGCGGCUCUCUGAGGGGCUGGAGGUGCCUGGGGCCCUCAACUGGGAGGUGACCCUGUGUCUGCUGGCCUGCUGGGUCCUGGUCUACUUCUGUGUCUGGAAAGGGGUCAAAUCGACAGGAAAGAUUGUGUACUUCACCGCCACAUUCCCUUAUGUGGUCCUCGUGGUACUGCUCGUGCGCGGAGUGCUUCUGCCUGGCGCCCUGGACGGCAUCGUCUACUAUCUCAAGCCUGACUGGUCCAAGCUGGGGUCCCCUCAGGUGUGGAUAGAUGCUGGCACCCAAAUUUUCUUUUCUUACGCCAUUGGCCUGGGGGCCCUCACAGCCCUGGGCAGCUACAAUCGCUUCAACAACAACUGCUACAAGGACGCCAUCAUCCUCGCGCUUAUCAACAGCGGGACCAGCUUCUUCGCUGGCUUCGUGGUCUUCUCCAUUCUGGGUUUCAUGGCAGCGGAGCAGGGCGUACACAUCUCCAAGGUGGCCGAAUCAGGGCCCGGCCUGGCUUUCAUCGCCUACCCCCGGGCUGUCACGCUGAUGCCCGUCGCCCCCCUCUGGGCCUCCCUCUUCUUCUUCAUGUUGCUGCUGCUUGGCCUGGACAGCCAGUUUGUAGGGGUGGAGGGCUUCAUCACCGGCCUCCUCGACCUCCUGCCGGCUGCCUACUACUUCCGCUUCCAGAGGGAGGUCUCCGUGGCCCUCUGCUGCGUCCUCUGCUUUGUCAUUGACCUCUCCAUGGUGACCGACGGCGGGAUGUACGUCUUCCAGCUGUUCGACUACUACUCGGCCAGCGGCACGACGCUGCUCUGGCAGGCCUUCUGGGAGUGCGUGGUGGUUGCCUGGGUGUAUGGCGCAGACCGCUUCAUGGAUGACAUUGCCUGUAUGAUCGGGUACCGCCCCUGCCCCUGGAUGAAAUGGUGCUGGUCCUUCUUCACCCCGCUGGUCUGCAUGGGCAUCUUCAUUUUCAACGUGGUGUACUAUGAGCCGCUGGUCUACAACAACACCUACGUGUACCCAUGGUGGGGCGAAGCCAUGGGCUGGGGCUUCGCCCUCUCCUCCAUGCUGUGUGUGCCCCUCCACCUCGCCAGCUGCCUCCUCAGGGCCAAGGGGACCCUGGCUGAGCGCUGGCAGCACCUGACCCAGCCUGUCUGGGGCCUCCACCACCUGGAGUACCGAGCUCAGGACUCGGAUGUCAGGGGCCUGACCACCCUGACCCCAGUGUCCGAGAACGGCAAGGUCAUGGUGGUGGAGAGCGUCAUCCCCCAUCUUACUGGUCUGCCUCAGCCAAGGAGCCGACUCCUAGAUCUCAUCUUCAUAGGCAAGAGCCUCAAGCUGUCCAGUAUGCGAGUUGGCGUGUGGGUGCACGUGUGUCGCUCUGGGCCCCCGAGCCUGGGGUGAAAGGAAAAGUGCCACAAUGGGGUCCUCCGGGGAGGGUCUCUGGCCUCCCCCUGUGCCCACAAGUCUGUGGAGUGACAGGACACAGUAUUGUGUCCCCGGGGGACGCUCAGGCUUCCCACACCCUGCUCCCUGGGUGGGCUACGAUGGCAGGGACCUUAGGUGGGCACCACCCAGGAAGGGGACCCGGGCAUGGCUCCCAGCUCCAAGCUGAAGGCGGAUGCACCUUGGCAACUGAAGUCAUCCAUGGAGCAGCUUUAACCCACGUCUGUGUCACGUCACACCCCAAGACUGCUGAGGGGACCCUAGAAAGGCUUCCCCACACCUGACCUGGGCUGGGGGGUGGGGCUGGGUGAGGGCAGGGGCCUGUGGGAUGUCACUGCUGUGCUGUAAAGGCCACUGCAAACAUA